CUUUGCUACGCGUCACACCCUGUAGGUUGUGUUAAAAAAUACAAUUUUCUAGAGCGUAAACCUGCGAAAAAGGUUACCUUAAAGUGAUUAAUUCAUAGAUAGAAGGUUUAAGAUUCGAUCGCACUUCGUGUUCAGCUUCGAGAAGUGUAGUACGUUGGUAAAACUAUAAACUAAAUUGUAUGGAAAUUCAUAGAGCGCGCGUGCGUGUAUGUGUGUGAAAAAAACAUAAAGCGAGCAUACAUAGUGCCUCUGGAGGGUGACUAAUCUGAUGUGAAUUUUGCUGCAUUUUGUAGAACACGGUGUACAGGCAAACAAAAGCGUUGCUACUUUGAUCCAGUAAAGCUGACUCGCAACAAAGGCUGCCAGAGCUGCUAGUGUGGAGUGUGUGUACGAUCUCGUGAAGUGAAAUUGUAACUGCGAGCGCAACUUUCUCGCUUGAUUGGUCGCAGUUCCGGGCGCGAUGGAAACGCUAUCAAAUUUUGGCCAAGUGGCCCUGAAAUGGGAUCCAAAGAAUCUUGAAAUACGCACGAUGUCGGUGGAAAAAACGCUGGAACCGCUUGUACUGCAAGUGACCACGUUAGUGAGUACGAAAGGGCCGAGCAAAAAGAAGAAAGGCAAAUCGAAACGCGCAAGUGCGUUAGUUGCCGCCGUCGAAAAAGCCACCGACAUUUUCAUCGAGCGCGGUGAACAGAUUGCCUAUGAAAAUCCGGACAUCACGCAGGAGAUGCUGUCGGCGGUAGAGGAAGUUCGCAAAACGGGUUCCGCGAUGAGCAUUGCGGCCCGUGAAUUUUCCGAGGAUCCGUGCAGUUCACUAAAGCGCGGAAACAUGGUUCGUGCGGCCAGAAAUUUGCUUUCUGCUGUAACGCGACUGCUCAUCCUUGCCGACAUGGUCGACGUGCAUCUGCUGCUAAAGUCGCUGCACGUUGUCGAGGACGACCUUGACAAGCUGCGAAACGCCUCGUCCCAGGAUGAGCUUAUGAACAACAUGCGUCAGUUUGGCCGUAACGCGAACGAGCUGAUCAAACAGGCAGCCAAACGUCAACAGGAGCUGAAAGAUCCGCAGUUACGCGACGAUCUGGCUGCAGCUCGUGCGGUGCUCAAGAAACACUCCACUAUGCUGUUGACGGCAUCGAAAGUGUACGUACGUCAUCCGGAGCUCGAUCUGGCCAAGGUGAACCGGGAUCAUAUUCUGAAGCAGGUGUGCGAAGCAGUCAACACGAUAAGCGAUGUGGCGCAGGGCAAAUCAUCUCAACCGCAGGACGUAUACGUCGGUGCCGGCGAGUUGGCGGCAGCUUUGGACGAUUUCGACGAGGGCAUUAUUAUGGAUCCGCGAGCAUACAACGAAGUUCGCUCCAGACCAUCACUCGAGGAGCGCCUCGAGAGCAUUAUCAGUGCAGCAGCCCUAAUGGCAGACGCAGAUUGCACGCGCGACGAGCGGCGUGAACGAAUUGUUGGAGAAUGUAACGCUGUGCGACAAGCGCUGCAGGAUCUGCUGUCUGAGUACAUGUCCAACAUGGGAACGAAAGAUCGCACACCGGAGCUAGAACGCGCGAUCGGUCACAUGUAUCGGAAAACGAAGGAUCUACGCAGGCAGUUGCGCAAGGCAGUCGUCGAUCAUGUUUCGGAUUCGUUCCUGGAAACAAAUAUGCCCCUGUUGGACUUGAUCGAAGCAGCACGCGGUGGUAACGAGAAGGUGGUCCGUGAGCGAGCCGACAUCUUCACCAAGCACGCAGAAAAGUUGGUCGAAGUGGCAAAUCUCGUAUGCAGCAUGUCGAAUAACGAGGAUGGUGUUAAGAUGGUUCGAUACGCGGCAGACCAAAUCGAAACACUCUGCCCGCAGGUGAUCAAUGCGGCGCUCAUUCUAGCUGCUCGACCCAACUCCAAGGUAGCGCAAGAGAACAUGGAAGCGUAUCGUCAGGCGUGGGAAAAUCAAGUUCGUAUCUUAACCGAAGCCGUCGAUGAUAUUACCACCAUCGACGAUUUCCUUGCCGUGUCCGAAAACCAUAUCCUGGAGGAUGUGAACAAGUGUGUGCUCGCGCUGCAAGAAGGCGAUGCACUUGAUCUGCGUAAUACAGCUGGCGCAAUUCAGGGACGUUCGGCACGCGUUUGCAAUGUGGUGGAGGCCGAGAUGGACAACUACGAACCGUGCAUCUACACUAAGCGCGUUCUGGAAGCGGUAAAGGUAUUGCGCGAACAGGUAAUGUCCAAAUUUGCGCAGCGUGUCGAUGUGGCCGUCGAUGCGUUAUCCUCCAAUUCACCGAAGGAUGUGGACGAGAACGAUUUCAUCGAUGCAUCACGUCUUGUAUACGAUGGUGUUCGUGAAAUUCGUCGAGCCGUGCUGAUGAACAGGAGUUCCGAUGAGUUGGACACGGAUACGGAAUUCGAACCUGUCGAGGAUAUGACUGUCGAAACACGUAGUAGAUCGAGCGCACAUACCGGAGAUCAAACUAUUGAUGAGUAUCCUGAAAUUAGUGGAAUCACAACCGCUAGAGAAGCGAUGCGUAAGAUGAAUGAGGAAGACAAGCAGAAGAUUAUGCAACAGGUUGAACUGUUCCGUCGCGAAAAGCUGACGUUCGAUUCCGAGGUAGCCAAGUGGGACGACACUGGCAACGAUAUCAUCUAUCUUGCCAAGCACAUGUGUAUGAUCAUGAUGGAGAUGACGGACUUCACGCGUGGACGUGGCCCAUUAAAAACGACGAUGGAUGUUAUUAAUGCGGCUAAGAAAAUUUCCGAAGCCGGCACCAAGCUGGACAAGCUGACGCGCGAAAUCGCGGACCAGUGCCCGGAAAGCUCAACCAAGAAGGAUUUGCUGGCUUACCUGCAGCGUAUUGCCCUGUACUGUCAUCAGAUUCAGAUCACUUCGAAGGUGAAAGCUGAUGUGCAGAACAUUAGCGGUGAACUGAUCGUGUCAGGGCUGGACAGUGCGACGUCACUUAUUCAGGCGGCAAAGAAUCUUAUGAAUGCCGUCGUUUAUACGGUUAAAUAUUCGUAUGUUGCUUCCACCAAGUACACCCGCCAGGGAACCGUUUCGUCACCAAUUGUCGUGUGGAAGAUGAAGGCGCCAGAAAAGAAGCCAUUGGUUCGGCCCGAAAAACCGGAAGAGGUGCGGGCCAAGGUACGGCGUGCAUCACAAAAGAAAACACAAAACCCUGUACACGCGCUUUCGGAAUUCCAAAGUCCUACGGAUGCUGUUUAAGAUGUGAGGCAUGUGGUUUUUACGAACACUUUCUUCUAGCGAACGAAAUAACAAAUAACAAAAGACAAGUGGACAGUUAUGCAGUUAUUUUUCGUUUCUUUAUUACUCAGAUAACUGAAACUCAUGUCCGUGUACUUGGCAUGUGUGCAAAGAGUAUGUAGGAAACAAGAUGUAUUAGAAGUUAGCAAUAACCAUGUUAGUGCAUACACUAUACACUAUGUACCAGACACGAAACAACGCACGUUGUUUUAUUUUAACGAAAAUUAUCAACAACAAGGACUGAAGCAUUCGACCAGAAGGAACUAGGCGCGUUCCUAUAUCGGUAAUCAAAAAUUCUUCAACGAAAGUGUAAGGUGGUUGCCACAUAUUUUAUCGUUUUAUUUUUUUUUGCAAUACAAGCUCAACAUAUUUCGACUAUUUCUAGUAUGGUUAUGAGACAUAUUUGCAUAUUAUUGCAUGUUAUUUAUUAUUCCUGAUUUUUUAUUUCCCUUUUCUUAUACGGCAAGUAACUACUAUGCAAAAUUAACAAUUGUAUCAUAAUCCACGUGCAGUAAAACAUCCAAUGUCAUUCAAAUGAAACCAUAAAAGACACACGCAGUUAGUCAAGAAGAUGUGAGAAGCCACUCGCUUUUAUUUUAUUAGAAUAAGAACAUAAUGAUAUCAGUAUUUUCCGUUUCGUUUCCAUCUGGUUUGUCCCAAAACGCCGCAAACGAAAAUGAUAGAAUCUGCACACAGGGAAAAGUAAUCGAAAAGUUGAAAGUUGCGUAGCGCAAAAUGUAUGGCCAAAAAUGACUAGGAGUUAAUGUGUAUUUCGCGGUUAAAGCAAAUAAUCUAAUCAUCGAAAGUGACAAGUCUCUCUCUCAGCCGCGUCUCUUGGCAGGGUUGGCAGAGAAAGCGGACAAAAGUGUUGAAGAAGCAACAGCAGCAGCAAAGCUCAAAUAGUAGCACUUACAGACAAACCGCCUAGAGGAAUUUAACGUUGUAUAUUGUGAAGCGCUCAUCGAAUUAUCGCCGUUGCAUUUGCGAUCCAUAGUAUUUGACCGUGACGUUCAUGGGUUAACAUUUUAAUGACAGACAAAAAAAACAGUUACAAUAAUGGGCGCGAUACAGUUUUUGGGGGGAUAACAUUCCCUACGGAAGCUUCCGGAAUGUGAAGCACACAACAUUAUACUCUCUAUCAGCUACCACCAUCAAUUACACCUCGAGGUAAACUCCAACGUUCCACACACUGUAUGUAGCCGCCGCAUUUAGCCAGCAGCGUUCUAGAGUUUCCAUAUAUACACGUACACCUUAAUGCUAUAAUAUAUACAGAAUAUACCCUCCAUAAGGGUAGCAUAAACUAAUAGGGCGACCGGGAGAUUAGAAAAAAAAACACGAUAAAUUACAUGGACACAUUCACACACACACACACUUAAACGUGGCAGUGGUCGGAUGUAGUGGAAAGAAUGUUUGAAACUAUAUCCGACAGGGUGACUGUUUGAAAUAGCUUUUAUGUUGAAAUGAGUAGGGAAGCAUGGACUCUAAAAAAAUAUGAUAUAGAAUAAAACGGUUAGCGGAUGAAAGGUGUGUUAACUAACCCGGUCGGGUAAAGGCAGCAUCCGGAGACAGAUGUGAGUGUGUGUGUGUCUAAAAAAUAAAAUGUUAGACGAAACAAA